GAGACGGACAGAGGCGAAUCCUACCUCUACUAGGUAGGUCGUGAUGCAUGCCUACUUACCUACCUAUCUAUCUCUACCCUCCGUAUGGACGGGGACCCAAGACGGGACGGAGAUGAUGGCAGAGGUAAGGAAGCAUUCCAUAUUGAGUUUCUUGGCCACGUCGACCAGGGAGUACCUUAUAUUUUGGUUGCAUCCACGACACCCGCCUCGCUUCUGUACCUCUCUUUUUCCCUUCCCCCCUCCCUUCUUCCCUCCGUCUCACUCACCCUCCUCAGCAACGCGGUUUUCUGCUCGCUAGACGGUUUCCCUUAAAGUCUAUCGAGUGACGUGGGGGGCGCUGGAGUAUUGCAUUUAAGACAGCGGUAUCAUUGUCAGCGCAUCGCCAUACCGUAAUCGCGCUUCUCUGCACUGCUGUCGACUACGAAGAAUCAGGACGCGCUCUGGCCUGCUGUCUUGUCUACAAUGUCGGCCGGCGCGACUGAUAGCGGCGUUGAUGCUGCAAAGGGCAGCCCUUCUCCCGUGGAGGAUAAGAUACCGAAGGAAUCAGGUGCCGAAGCGCCGGGGUCGGAUGUCGAUGAAGUUCUGAGAGGGCCGAACGGCGAGGUGUAUCCGACCCACGACGAGCUGCAGACCCUGCGUCGCGUGAAAGGUCCCAUCAACUUGAUCAUCUACACCAUCGCCUUCAUCGAGCUUUGUGAGCGAUUCGCCUACUAUGGCACGACCGCUGUCUUCGUCAAUUUCAUCGCGGAGCCGCUCCCCGCCGGGUCUACUACCGGCGCCGGUGGCACACACCUACAGGCCGGUGCUCUUGACCAGGGCCAACAGGCCUCAACUGGUCUCGUAUUGUUUAACAGCUUCUGGUCUUAUCUGAUGCCUCUUCUCGGAGGAUACCUCGCCGAUACGUAUUGGGGCAAAUACAAGACGAUCCACAUCGCCAUCGUGGUAGCUAUGUUCGGUCACAUCAUCCUCAUCAUCGCCGCCCUACCUCCCGUAAUAGCGAACCCGCGGGGCUCGCUUGGCUGCUUCGCCGUCGGUCUCAUCUUCUUCGGUAUUGGCGUCGGAUUCUUCAAGGCCAACAUCUCGCCGAUGAUUGCCGAGCAGUACGAGAGCCAGCAGCCAAGAGCGGUCAUCCAGGUCUUGGAGAGCGGCGAGCGCGUCAUCGUCGACCCCGUUAUGACCAUCUCGGUUAUCUAUAUGCGCUACUACUUCUUCAUCAACGUCGGGUCUUUGGUCGGGUCUAUCGCUAUGGUGUACGCCGAGAAAUACGUUGGCUUCUGGCUCUCGUACACGCUGCCUACUGCCAUGUUCAUCUUCUGUCCGAUAGUCUUGCUCGCAUUUAGGAGCAAGUACGUGCGUAACCCGCCUACCGGCUCGGUCCUCGGCAAGGCCCUCGGCUUGAUCGGCUUAUCUAUGAAGGGUCGCUGGUCUCUCAACCCGGUCACCACUAUUAAGAACAUGCGCGAGCCUGGGUUCUUCGAGAGGGUAAAGCCCAGCAACAUCCCCGAGUCCGAACGCCCGGAAUGGAUGACCUUCGACGACCACUGGGUUGAUGAAGUGCGCCGAGGGCUCAAGGCUUGCAGUGUCUUCGUCUGGUACCCGAUUUACUGGCUCUCGUACAACCAGCUGAACAACAACCUGGUUUCCCAAGCUGCUACAAUGACCCUUAGAGGCGUGCCGAACGACGUGGUCAACAACCUUGACCCUAUCGCCUUGUUGAUCUUCAUUCCCAUCUGCGACAAGCUACUAUAUCCCGCUCUGAGGCGCGCCGGUGUUCGCCUCACCCCUAUCCGGAAGAUCACUGGCGGAUUCAUCCUCGGUACUUUGUCGAUGGUUAUCGCUGCCAUCAUCCAGCACUACAUCUACAUGCAAUCGCCGUGCCGGGACGUGGCCGGAUACGGAUACGUCGAUGACUGCAGAGCGCACCUCGGACUCCCCGCCGACGCGCCCGAGUCCGAUUUUAAGCCGCCGUUGAGCGUCUGGAUCCAGACGCCGGCAUACAUUGCCAUCGCUCUGGCCGAGAUCUGCGCGUCGAUCACGGGUCUGGAGUACGCCUUCACCAAGGCACCCAAGAAUAUGCGCGGCUUCAUCACGGGCGUCUUCUGGUUCUCGCAGGCCUUCUCCGCCGCCAUCAGCCAGGCCUUCGUCCCCCUCGCCACCGACCCUCUGCUGGUAUGGCUGUACAUGACAAUCGCCAUCAUUUCGGCCAUCGGCGGCGUCGGGUUCUGGUUCAACUUCGCGAAGCUAGACCGCGAGGAGGAGGCCCUGAACGCCCUACCCGACAGCGUGUUCAAGGGGAGCAGGAAUAAGGACGCGGACUUGAGUGCCAUUGAGGCGGCUCAGGCGGAGCAAGAGAAGAUCAGGCACGCGCAAGGACUAGACAAGAUUCAGGGGUAGGAUCCUCGGACAACUGGAUCUCGAAUAGUCCCUUAAGGACCCGCACACGUGUUUCCACAGCGAAGUUGGCUGGGCGCAUAGAGAUGAACCGAGGACCACCUUGUUCCUGGGGAGGUGGAAAUGGAAUAAUACCCUUUACCUGUAUCGAUGUUGCAGUAGAUACCUGUCAUAUAUAUACCCCAUAUUGAAGAGCUAAUUCAGCCCUGUGAUCUAUUUCCUCGC